AUGGCCUCACAAUCCGCUAUGCUAUCGCACGCACAAGAAUGGGAAACUCUUUUCAAAGAAGACAAGUUCGUCAAGCAGUACAAGACUGGCGAGCAUAUCACCGGCCAGUUCGCCCAAACCCUAAUUGACCAAACUGGCUUGAUCGCCGACUCCAAGGCCAACCCCAAUAAGCCUCUCGUAGUGCUUGAUAAUGCGUGCGGCACUGGCAUCGUCUCCCACAUUCUUCAGCGUGAGCUAGACAAUAAGGUCAAGAGCCACUUGAAGUUGACCUGUGGAGACAUAUCACCGGGUAUGCUGGACUAUGUUAAGCAUCGCAUUGGAAAAGAGGAUUGGCAGAAUGUGGAAGUCAAAACGGUGGAUGCACAGGAAUCCGGGCUCCCAAGCUCACACUUUACGCAUGUUAUCAUUGCAUUUGUAUAUAUGGCACUUCCUAGGUCUCUGGCUGCGCUUGAUGAUUCCACUCGCAUUUUGCAGCCGGGAGGUACAAUCGCUUUCUCAACAUGGAUAGAGCCCGGCUGGGCCUCUGUUAUGCAAAAGGCCAUCCAGACAAUUCCAGGGAACCUGCCGUUUCCCACCACCAAACAGUUCUUUGAGGCCUUGGGUAGUGGUGAAUGGCACUCCAUGUCCUGGAUUGGAUCCCAGUUGAAGAAGCGAGGAUUCGAAGACAUUAAUGUGCGCUCUGACACCAAGGCUAUAUCUUUGAAGGUUCCAGACUUCGUGGAAAUGAACAUGAUUAUGUUUGGCAUGAUAGCUAAGGUGUUCUGGACAGAGAAACAGCGUGGGGAGAACGCAGACAAAGUUCGCCCGGCGCUAGAGAAGUAUUUGGAAAGCACUUACGGGAAAGAGGGCGAUAUUCCCAUGGAGUGGACGGCUAUUCUCUCGACGGCUCGCAAGCCAAACUAG